ACAUACGUAUUUUGAGGGCAAAAAUCGCUAUCUACAUCUUGAUGUUUACAGCUAGCGAACAAAUAAUAAAGCUUUUCUGUUAAGAGAGCGCUCUUUCAAAGUGAGAACAAAAUAUAAACGAGACGUCGAAGAGGCGGAAUGUCAAAUAUAUCUCUGGAGUCCCACGCAAUUCGGGAGACGACGGAGACAGCGGAAACAGAGCAAGUCGAGCGUUCUUUACUAUUGAGACACGCGAUUUUCCCAGGAAUAGAGACGAGCGUAGCUUUAGCGCACAACACGUCACGUUGUAAAAUCAUCGGGUUUUUUAGUCAAACCGUGGCAUUAAAUCGUAAUUCAAAGUGAAUAUUGUGCUGAAAGUGUUUUAUCAAUUGUAUCAGUGCAAGUGAGCCAGUUUUGAAAUUUAUCAAUCGAUAUUUUCGCGUGUGUGAAACUUCCUUGUUUAAGAUAUAAAUAAUAUUAAAAAUAUUGUAUAAAAAAUUACAUACAAAGUGCACAUUGGACGUUUUUUGUUCAUCACUUUUACGAAUCAAGCAUGAGAAAUAGAAAGAAAGACACGUGAACGCAAUAAAGGAUUAAGUGGACAGAAACAGUAGCAACAAGCUGACGGGAUUCUCUUAGAAAUUCCGUGAGGAUGCAACGUGUUCUUAGUCUUCAAAUGAUCCGCGGCAUUGACGAAACCAGCGAAUAUGUAACCAAACGAAUGUGUAUCUCGUUUCUCUUAUCGGUCGGAUUCAUCUGUCUGCUCUGCGGCUUUUUAUUAGGCCGUUUCGCCGCCGAAAGGUCGAUGGAGGUCCAAGCACAAAAGACAUACGUUGAAUUAGCGGGGAACGGUCUGAUAAACACCGACUAUCUUCAACAAUUAGCGCUUCAGAAACUAGAGAGAAUAUCGUUCGAACCUGUGACAACUUGGCAGGCGCCUGAUUUGCUAGAGUCUAAUAUGCAGCGCGUCAACGAGUUCUUUUCCAAUUUGUCGUUUAUUCACAAGAUAAAUAAUUACGCGUCUUGCGUUCGCGCAGUUGUUCGAGGUGCGCGCGAACCAGAUAGACAAGUUAUCCUCUCGGUUAAUGGGGAUGGUAUCGCUGUAGCUUUGAAGCUAGCGCAGAUCCUGGACGAAAUUUAUUCUAUCCACAAUUGGAGGCCACGACGGAGUUUGACUUUCUGUGUGUCUCUUGCGUCCACGGACGUUUGUCCGCAGACUCUGCCCAUAUUUAUGCAACGAAAAAUCGUGGCUUACGUAGCAUUACACGGUCGUUUAUCGCAAGAUAGCGGUCACGUGGCUUUGUUCGGAUCGGACGUGAUGCGAUCCGUAGCCGUCGAAGCUAUCAAGACGAUUCCCGGUGACAGCAACUGGACUUAUCUCGAACACGAAGUGUUCGGUCCGCGUCUUUCUCUGGAUAUUCCACAAGUGGCGUUUUCGUUCUCAAAGAAAUUUUCUACGUACGUUUUCUCUGCUUUACAAGACGAGAGCAACCUCGUACACAACGUAGAGUAUCACGAUCAAAGCUCGCGUGGUGUAAUUCUGGGGCAGAUGGUUAGUCAAACUAUAUGGCGACUGUCUGACAGCAUAAUUAUUCAAUGGAAGCCGCAGUAUCUUAACGAGACUAUAAAUAGGAUGUUGGAAUCGAUCGAUAUCAAGCUCCAAAAUGCAAAAGAAAAACUGAAAAAAACUUGGCAGAUAUUACUCGCCGCAGUUGAAGAUCUUAAUGAGAAAAUUGAUGCGACGGAUAAUACUCAAACGCUAUCAGUGCGAAUGUGGAAUGAUCUCCUUUUAGAUCUGGACAAGGCACUUUUAUGUUUGGACAAGAACGCACACUCCAGAACCGACAUAACGAGAUAUUAUAAAUUAUCUGUCAAUUCUAGCAACACAUUGGCCUACCUCAAUGAAAUGGUCAAGUGUUAUGAAGAUGCUAUACAAGUCCUACAAGAGAGAUGAGAUCGAAAAAUAAAAUUUUGUGCGACAAAGGAUAUAAAUAUAUUUUAGAAACACAUCUUGAACUUUUGUUGUUGCGAAAUAUAUUGAUUUUAUUGUAUAUUUUUUACAACACUUUUAUCUUCACAUGUCGUUUUAUAUAUAUAUAUAA